AUGUGGACUGUGACAAAGCACCAGAAGCUUCAUAAUCAUGAGUUUGUUCCAACGACCAAGAGUUAUCUUCUACGGUCACAUAGAUCAGUGUCUAGAAAUCAUCUUUCCUACCUAAAGGAUUUGAAGAAGAGCGGUGUUUGUGUGGCUGAUGAUUUACGGUUUCUUAAAACACAAUCAGGGGGGUCACCACUCGUUGGUUUUACAAGCAGGGAUGCAUAUAACUCGCUGUGCACUGAUGUAUUGAACAAUUUGGAUGGAACCGACUCAAACACAUUAAUUGAAAUAUUUAGACAAAGGCAGUCAAGUGAAAAGAAUUUUUUCUUUGAUUUCGAAGUGGAUGAUGAGUCAAGGUUGUGCAGCUUUUUUUGGAGAGAUGGGAAAAUGAUGCGAGACUAUGAAUUGUUUGGAGAUUUGUUAGUUCACGAUACGACGUAUCGUACUAACAAAUAUGAUAUGAUUUGUGGUCCAUUCGUUGGUAUGAACCAUCACUGUAUGAACGUCAUGUUUGGAUGUGGUUUUUUGUUGAACGAGAGGAUUGAGUCGUUCGUAUGGUUGUUUAGGUCAUUUUUAAGAUCAAUGAAUGGGAAAAGUCCCCAAAGUAUAAUGACCGAUCAAUGCGCUGCCAUGGCUGCUGCUAUUUCCCAAAUACGGAGGCAGAGUUUGAGCUUUAUUGGACAAGGUUGUCGUGCAUCUGUUCAAUUUGAUUUAGAUGGGAAUGGGAUGUGGACUGUGACAAAGCACCAGAAGCUUCAUAAUCAUGAGUUUGUUCCAACGACCAAGAGUUAUCUUCUACGGUCACAUAGAUCAGUGUCUAGAAAUCAUCUUUCCUACCUAAAGGAUUUGAAGAAGAGCGGUGUUUGUGUGGCUGAUGAUUUACGGUUUCUUAAAACACAAUCAGGGGGGUCACCACUCGUUGGUUUUACAAGCAGGGAUGCAUAUAACUCGCUGUGCACUGAUGUAUUGAACAAUUUGGAUGGAACCGACUCAAACACAUUAAUUGAAAUAUUUAGACAAAGGCAGUCAAGUGAAAAGAAUUUUUUCUUUGAUUUCGAAGUGGAUGAUGAGUCAAGGUUGUGCAGCUUUUUUUGGAGAGAUGGGAAAAUGAUGCGAGACUAUGAAUUGUUUGGAGAUUUGUUAGUUCACGAUACGACGUAUCGUACUAACAAAUAUGAUAUGAUUUGUGGUCCAUUCGUUGGUAUGAACCAUCACUGUAUGAACGUCAUGUUUGGAUGUGGUUUUUUGUUGAACGAGAGGAUUGAGUCGUUCGUAUGGUUGUUUAGGUCAUUUUUAAGAUCAAUGAAUGGGAAAAGUCCCCAAAGUAUAAUGACCGAUCAAUGCGCUGCCAUGGCUGCUGCUAUUUCCCAAGUUUUUCCAACCUCAAGACAUCGCCUAUGUAUAUGGCAUAUCGGUGAGAAUUCAAAGAAGCACAUCAAGGGACUAAGAAAUCAAAAAGAUUUUCUAGACAUAUUCAAUUGUCUGUUGAAACAUACAGAUACGGAGGCAGAGUUUGAGCUUUAUUGGACAAGUUGCAAGCUGUUCACUGAAACCGGGAUCUUAUGCUGUCACUGUUUACGCAUUUUAAACGUGCAUUGUGUGUCUGAAGUUCCAAAUAAAUAUAUUCUGAAGAGAUGGACUAAAAGAGUUUUGGAAGACGAGAAUGCUGGUAUUAUCCCCCCAUCUCAGUGCUUUAAUGUUCCCUCUUCUGUUUGGACUUUAGAGAUCACUAGGAAAUUUCAGAAGUUGGUUGUUUAUUGCCAAGAAAACAGCGAAGCACGCAAAAUUUUUGAGCAAGCAGUGUUAGAUGCCAAGAGAAAAGUUGAACAUGAGUAUGGCCCUAUUUUCUUCGAAGGUGAAGAUUGUGAUGUGGAAUCGUCGAGCGGUGUUAUAAAGGAUCCAUCAAACAGGCGAUUGAAAGGGAUACGGAGGCAGAGUUUGAGCUUUAUUGGACAAGUAUACAGAGUUGGCAAUUCUCACCCAGAUUAUGUGUAUUCUCUUGAUAUAUUCUGA